AUGACGGCUCACGGAGUCAAGUUAGACACUCUUAAGGACUGCUUUAAGUUCCUGCAGUGGUUGAAAAAUAAUGGUGAUAAGCAAGGCCAGGUGACUGACGCUCUGUUUAAACGUAUUGCCACAUAUUAUAAUAAUCCGGGGUUUAAAGUUCUAUUGCCGGAUUCCCUAAAUGAUUUCCUCCGCCAUGUGUCGGAGCUUCAUGACCAAAUAAGCAAGAAUACGGAUCUAGGCGACUAUAAAAAGCAUUCGGCAGAUGACAUUGUCAAAGCCUUUUCCGACUGCCUCCCCAAGGUGCACGCUGCGCUUUCCCUGUUACUGUUUCACGUUGAUUAUACCUACGGUGGUGUGGGCGGCGGGACGUGGAAGGAGUUUGAGACGCAGGGUAAUGUGUCACUGGGUAAUGGUCUUAAGAUGUUCUUCACUGGCUUCAACGGUGUUAUUGACGGUGGAUUCAAACCUGAUGAGUUGCAAAAUGUGCAAGGAAAAACACUGGCCGAAAAUCUAAACAAUGCGCUUAAAAGAACUACCAUAACCCCUGACCUUUUCACUAGCGUUCUUUUCAAUAAUUUAGUGAAGGACGAUUGGCAUGACCUAGACGCUGGCAACGUCUUGCUGUUGCUGUGGGCGUUUUGCGGGUAUGUGCAAAGCCAUGAAAAAGACAAUCAUGGUCUCAAAGAAAAAUUGCAAGAGGAGCUUAGACGUAAAAAUAUGUGUUUCAGGUGGCAAGCUUUGGUAAGGCAUUGCAAACUACUUGAAAAAGAGUUGUCAAAAUUGUUCGGCAGUGAUGAAAAUCAGGGAGCCUUCUCCACCACCGGAAGGGCGUUUGAUCCAACCGCCCUUAAGCCUGAUGCGUUUGCCGGAGCAUUCGAGAGGUGGUUCACGAGGCAUUGGACGGAGAUGACUGGAGCGUUGGAAAAGAUUAGGGGUAGCGUAGAGGAUUUUGCUGAAAAUCAUGCUGAGUUCACCCCCGAAUCUCUCUACCCCUACGGCAUCGUGUUGAAUAAGGACCAACGGGACAAGUGGCCAGAGGGAUUGAAAAAUCUGCACGGUGUUUUGGAUGUGCUUGGAAAUUCCGAUGAAGGAGACCUGAAAACGCUUAAGGACAUUUUGAAUGGUUAUACGUGUCCAGCCCAACCACCACCCAAAAAGCCUGAGGUCACCAAGGCGGAGGCGGCGAAGCCGACUGCCACUGAGGAUACUGAAGCACAGAACCAAGGCAAGAAAGCUGAUGGUACUCCCAACCAGGGCAAGAAAGCGGAGGGAGCACAGAACCAGGGCAAGAAAUCUGAGGGAGCACAGAACCAGGGCAAGAAAAGUGAGGGAACUCCAAAUCAGAGUAAAGAUCAAAGUGACAUAAGUUCUUCAGAUUCAGCAAGUGGAGACUCUGCUGCUCCAGCUUCGCCUUCCGGUAAGGAUGGAGCUCCAGGGAAGCCAGGGCCUAGUGGUCCCGCAGCUCCGGCGUCUCCUAAGCUUACAACUUCACAAGUUCAACAACCUGUUCAACCUCAACAACCACUCCAACCACAGCCUCAGCAACCUCCCCUUCCACCGCCUCCUCCCCCUCUUCCUGGAUCCCCUGGUAAGCCAGGUCUCGGGGGUCCGGGAUCAUCGUCUGUUGUUACUUCAAGUCAACAGCCUAUUCCCCCUCCAGUUACAAGUCCUACUCAGUCUCCGAGUGUUGGAGGUCCAGACUCUGGGCCAGCUGGUGGUAAGGGGGCUGGGCAAGAUGGUGGUAAAGGUGUUGGUCAACCAACAAGUCAAGACGCCGAUCACAGUUCAAGCAGCCUCGCGACUGCGUCGGAUACCACUGCGGCUGGUGGAGGUGGGAGUGGACAGAGUGGAGUUGGAGGGGUGCGAAAAUUGUCUCCAGAAGAAAAGCAUUCGGCAGAGUUGAAAAAAAUAUUGGACAACAAUGAACACAUAUUUAAAAACCAAGAGGCAAAGAGAAAGAAGGAUGCUGAUUACUGGGAAGCAAAAAUUAUUGCGUUGGAGGAGGAAAACUACAAAAAACAACAGCAGCAAAAAUUACAACGAAGGUUACGUAACAGACAUCAAAAUCAUGGCCCUUCCGCGCCUCAUAAUCAGCCGGGCAUAAAUGUUGCUGUAUCUUCCAACGGCCGUCGCCUUAAUUGGCGACAUCCCAUUGAUUUACAUGGGACCAAGCAAGGGCGGAAAAGUACGGAUGUCCAAGUUUUACAUGGCACCACCAUGCCAGAUGAGCCGAUUCCGGACCAAACUGAACAUGAGAAAGAAUAUAGUGCCACGGUCAAGCGUAACGCUCAUAAAUGGCAAGCGGAUCGAAAGAAAAUAUUCAAGGAACUGCAAAAAGAUAUGGAAAGAAGAAUCGAGCACCAAAAGGAUGCAGAUAUGCAUGAUGCAAGUCGAAAAAAUUUGCUUAGUGAUUUAUGGCAAGUUGGAGAUUUCGACAUCUAUACUCCUCCGCCUAGUGAGCCGGUUGAUAUCUUUGACUUCAGCGUAGUGGAUUCAGUAGAUCACACAAAACAACAGAUGCAGGAUGCGAGUAGUAACGCUCGCUAUAUUUCCGAACCGGCAGCGCCCUUAGUGUCUCUUGAAAUUACGAAGCCACCAAUGCAAGAUUUGUACGAUAACGACGACAGAGAGGCUCAGGGCACAGAUCCUACUGAAACUGCAGACGCAGUUCAGACCGCAGUUAUAGGUAUUGAUCCUUUUCUAGAUGUUUUUGAAGAUGAAUUCGAAAUUAAAAUCCCAACUCCGCCACCCAAAACUGAAGACCCUGAAAUUGACCUCUACAUCGACGUCUCCAAGCCCAUUCUUCAAGACCUUGUCCACGACUUCGACUUCGAUGAUGACUCGACGUAUAUACAGGAUGACACACUGUCCAACACUGUCGCUCCAUACAAAUCUGCCGUCUCAUUAAAUGUUCUACCUCCAGAGGCCAAGCAGUUACCGCCGCCAACAACGGACUUCAAUCCGGAUAAUAUCAUACGCCAGAAUAUACAAAUGUGUAUACCAGAUUGGUCUACUAAGACGCCAACACAUGACGCCACCGACAUCCCCGAGACGGAGCUGUUCCCCUCCGAGGCGCCGCGUACAGUCAGGGAUAUGCUCAUUUGGAUGGCGGGACUGCAGAACCCAAAACACCAAGACACUUUGACACAGUGCAUUACUAACGCUUUCAAGCGCAGCGAUGAUGUGUAUUCAGAUCUCACACUUCCAGUCAACGGUGCUGACAUCACCGCCAAAGAUGUCAUCGACAUCCUCCAGCUUGCCGCCACGUUCGCAGCUUCAGUGCUCAAUUCCAUCGCGCCCAAGUGGAGGAUGGCAGUGUCGUCUGUGACUUCAGCGUCUAAGGACCCUGAUUGCUGCGCCCUCCUCUGCCAGCUGCGGGACUACGUCUACGCCUGCUGCCACCAGUUAACGUUCCUGAAGUCGCAGUGUUCUCGGAACGAAUCCGAAGGUGGUUGGCAGGAUUGCCAGUAUGGUCAUGCUGUGUCUCCCCAAAAGUCACCACUUCAGGACUUCCUGACUGACGCCCCCGACUCCAAGUUCGAGACUCACCCCUUCGACCCCUGCAACAUCUGCCUCAAGAGCCGUGUCAAGAUGGGAUUCAGAGAGGAGCAUCUGCCUAAAACUCAACAAACGGGGAAGGACAUUUCCACCAUCCUCUCUCCCACUUGCGGCGGCGAGGAUCCCUUGCUGACAUUGACCUCUUACCUCACCUGCAUCACCAGGCGGACGCCGCGCACCACCGGGGAGCUUGUCUCCUUCUUCCACAAUUUCGGGAAUUCACUCUACAAGCCUCCUUCAGGAUUGUCCAAGCUGGGCUCCGCCCUCUCCAGUCAGCAUGACCACUGCCCCGACUGGGACCGUCUCAAGGACGCCGACUUCAAUGCCGUCAAGGGCGUACGGGGCUCCGCCACUCCCAACUCCAUCCACGACAAGGACCAUCCCAAUACCCUGUCGUCUCUUCUUGGCUGCGGCAUCGAUAAUGCCAACUGCCCACAGCAUAUGAAGCCCAUCACCCACCGGGCCUACGCCCUCUACUCCAAGGCCUUCACCCACCACUACCUCGGCUGGACGGCCUACCUGGCAGACAGACUGUGGGAGUCACUGGAAAAGCUGCACUAUGAUCUCGAGAAGCUUCAAUGUCAUGACUCCAAGUCCAAGCCUCUCCAUCAAUGUGACAAGGCCAUGCCCCUCCUCUACUCUCACGGCCUCACCCCGCCGGAAGGGACACUGCAGUCAUCACUCACGUGCUCCGGGCUCAUCUACAAGCUGGAGCAGGUGGUCGCCGGAAAGCCUAUCGCAAGCCUCAUUACCGCCAUGGACACAUUCCUCUACUGCAUCCGUGCCCCCUUCCUCUACACUGCACUCACACUCUGGCUCACCGCCACGCUCUACAUCCUCCACUCACUCCUGUACCGGAUGGACGUCCUCCGCAUCCGCUCACACCUCCUCACGUUCAGGAUCUCACACCUCAUCGACGUCAAGGCGCUGCUCGCCGGCAGCCGCAAGAUGCUCUCGCUCUACAAGGACGUCGACUACUUCGACGAUGACUUUCACUCAUAA